AUGACUAUCAAAGUGAUUGUUGCUGGCGCCGGUGGAAACCUCGGCCAUCACAUCGUCUCUGCCCUUGACGAUGACCAUCGCUUUACGGUUACUAUUCUAGCCCGAGCUUCAUCCAAAUCCAAAUUCCCUUCCCAUAUUACUGUGCACCGCGUGGACGACUAUUAUCCCGAGCUGGAAGUAGUUGAAGCAUUCAAAGGCCAGGACGUUGUCAUCUCAACCGUGACCACGGGAGCCAUUCAGCGACAGAAAACGCUUAUCGAUGCAGCACUAAAGGCAGGUGUUGGACGUUUCAUUCCUUCGGAAUUUGGCCAUGACACUCGCAAUGGCAACGCCUCGAAGAUGUUACCCCAAAUGUACCAACAAAAGAGGGAGGUUGUGGAGUACCUGCGAGCGAAGCAGAACGACGGGCUUGAAUGGACAGCAUUCGUGACAGGGCCGUUCCUUGAAGUGGCAAUCGAGAACUUCCUGGGCUUCAACCUCAGCCAGCAACACGCCACCAUCCUCAAUGAAGGAUCGGAUCGCUGGUCAGCCACUACUCGAGCCACCGUCGGUCUAGCGGUCAAGAACUCCCUGUUAAUUCCUGAGAAGACCUCAAACAGAUACCUAUUCAUUGAUACAGUGACAGCUUCCCAAAAUGAUGUACUUCUGGCCUUGCGGAAGAUGACCGGUACAGAAUGGGGCGUGGACUAUGUGGAUGCGGAGGAGCAGAAACGUGUUGCAAUCGAGCACCUAUCCAAAGGGCGCCUCAUUGGCAUUCCAAUGUUGAUGAGGUACAUCACUUGUGUUCGUGGCUAUGGCGGAGAUUAUCUAGAUUAUGAAACAAGUGCGAACGAGAUACUUUCCCUGCCCGUCAGGAACGUGGAUGAGGUUAUAGCUAGUAUUCUGAAAGGUUGA